UUUGACCUUACAUCCAUUUAUUCAAGUCUUCAUACACGUUACUCCUACUCCCAACAACAUGACCGCAGACCCCCGUGCCCUUCUUCAGAAAGCCGAUAAAGCGCUUCAAAGUGCCUCCGGUGGCUUCAGCUUCUUCGGUGGCCGUACAGAGAAAUAUGAGAAUGCAGCAGAUCUAUACACACAGGCUGCGAAUGCGUUUCGAAUUCAGAAACUGAACAAAGAAGCCGGUCAAGCAUUUGAAAAAGCCGCGGCCAUUCAGACCCAAAAUCUUAAUGAGCCCGGUGACGCCGCCAAUACCUUGCAAGAGGCAUUCAAGGUCUACCGCAAGUCAGAUCCCGAGGAUGCCGUCCGUGUGCUUUCUACUGCUAUCCAGCACUACGUGCUGAACGGGAACCUGCGUCGGGCGGCUUCUCAGCAGCAGUAUCUGGCAGAAGUUUAUGAGCAAGAAUUAGGGGAUAUAAAGAACGCGCUGGAGGCUUAUGAGAAGGCUGCGGAGUGGUUCGAUGCUGAUAAUGCCGAGGCCCUCGCAAACAAGCAUUACCUUAAAGCUGCCGAUCUGGCCGCGCUGGAAAGUGAUUACUACAAGGCUAUUGAGCACUAUGAGCGCAUUGGCCGCUCGUCCAUCAACAACGGUCUGAUGAAAUGGUCCGUCAAGGAUUACCUUCUCAAGGCCGGGCUUUGCCACCUAGCUACUCAAGACAUGGUCUCCGCCAACCGCGCGCUAGAGAGCUAUCGCGACAUUGAUCCCACAUUCGCCUCUACAAGAGAACACCAGCUUUUAGUAGACCUGAUUCAAACCAUUGAAGCGCACGACCAGGAAGCAUUCGCCGAUAAGCUCUUCCAGUUCGACCAGCUCAGCAAGCUAGACAAGUGGAAGACAACCAUCUUGUUGCGAGUAAAAAACGGAAUCGAAGGGCCCGAGGAAGAUGAUUUUGCUUGAGCUUCAAAUCCUUUUCGAGUUGUCCCUCUCUCUACUCACCGUCCCUUCGAUCGCCAACACAGGGUUUGGAUUUCGUUUGACAUGACAACAUUCAAACGUGAUCGAAAUAACUCCUGUUACUUUUUCUCGCUAGGUAGAAUGGUUGACUUUGCUCUCUUUCGCCGGCUUAUUUACGCUUUGGUGAUUUGGUAGGACUAGGUAGGUAUUAUCAUGAAGUAUGCAGGAGUCCAAUCAUAAUUCAUUACGGUCUGGUUCGCCGUUCAACGA